AUGCAUGCCCUGGGCUUUGAGGGACCCUGCACGCUGCUGAUGCUCCUGUUGCUGCUGCCGCGGUCAGCGACCCCCGCCCCAACAGCAUCAGGCCCGUCCAACCCUCGUGUCAGGGGAGUGCGCGCGGGCCCUGAUGCGAGACUUCCUGUGGUGGACGGGUGCGUGAGGCUGUGUGUGGGGGAGGCCGAGCCCACUCCUAGGCAGGGGGAGGAGGUGCUGAGCACGCAGGGCUUUCUGGUCGGCCUACGUCCCAUGAAAGACCCAGGAAUGGGAUGCUGUGCGCCUCACCUGGAGAAGAUUGACCUCAUCUGUCACAUGUGUGCCUCCUAUUCUGAACUGGAGCUUGUGACCUCCAUGAAAGCCCCUGAAAGUGAUCACCUGACCUACCUGCCCCCAGCUCUGAAUCAUACCCGGAAGGUGGCUUGCCUCAUUGGUGUGGAAGGCGGCCACUCACUGGACAGUAGUCUCUCCGUCUUGCGUGCCUUCUGUGUGCUGGGUGUGCACUACCUGAUGCUCACCCACACCUGAUGCUCACCCACACCUAACAUGCCCUGGGCAGAGAGCUCUGCUAACAGCACCCACCCUGUCUACAACAAUGUCAGUGGGCUGACCAGCUUUGGUGAGAAGGUGGUGAUGGAAAUUAAUCGCCUGGGCAUGGUGGUUGAUUUGUCCCAUGUCUCUGAUACUGUGGCACGGCGAGCCCUGGAAGUGUCACAGGCACCUGUGAUCUUUUCCUAUUUGGUUGCUAGAGUUUAUCAACCAUGCAUCUUCACAGAAAACUGCUUUUACAUCUAUACAAGUGGUGUAGAAAAAAAAAUCUAUUCCUUGUCAAGGCAGAUAUUGAAUUUUUCUGUCUCAGUUAUCACAAAUACUUUCCUAUAUCAACAUCACCUCCUCAACUUUUGUCAUACAAAUAUAUUACUUUUGUAGAAGAGACUACCCCAACUUUGCCAUGAAUGAUGCCUUCUAGUUCUAAAUAAUAUCUCCAUUACAUACUUAGGAAAGUAAUUUGUUUUCUUCUUUUUAAAAUUUAGUUUUUUAACUCAUCUGAAAAUUAAGGCCAUUUAUAAGUCACUUUUUCUUCAUUUCUACCCAAAGUUCUGAACAACAUUUAAUUUUAAAAUGCCUUAUCAUGGGG